AUGCGCUUCCUCAACAAUCUCACCUUGAUCUCCCUUUUACCUCUCCUCGCCGCCGUCGCGUCCGAGCCAAUACCCAUACCCGACGACUUGCCACCCGACCCUUCAUCACCUCUCGGUUACACGCAGCAUCUGAAACGGCAACAACAACAAGAACAACAGCAGCACCCACUCUCCCAAUCCAACGGUGAUGACCAUCGUCAAACUGGCGUCUCUCACUCUCUCUUCGCUUCCCUAGAGCGCGCAUCACGCCUGGUUGACAUCGCGUACUGCGUCGGCACAUUUUCGGGAUUAUCACCGCCCUUUUCGUGCCCCUCACGCUGUGGCGAGUUUCCUUCGCUGCGUCUCAUCCGCACCUGGAAUACCGGUGUCCUACUGAGUGAUAGUUGUGGAUAUAUCGCGGUGGAUCAUGGGCAGCACCCCGGGACUGAUGAUGGGGAGUUGAAGGAGAAGGAGGAAGACGAGGCUGGGCGGAAGGAGAUCGUGGUGGCCUUCCGUGGCACGUACAGCGUUACGAACACGGUCAUAGACUUGAGCACUGUGCCGCAGGAGUAUGUGCCGUACCCGGCACCCCCUGGCGGUGGUGAUGGGGACGGGGACGAGAAUCACGACGGCAAGUGUGACAACUGUACGGUGCAUAUGGGUUUCAUGGCGUCUUGGCGGAACGCUAGGGAGAUCGUCGUUCCCGCGCUCAAGGAAGCCCGCGAGAAAUAUCCAGGAUACAAGGUGCACUUGAUCGGGCACAGCCUAGGCGGGGCAGUGGCGGCUCUCGCGGCGUUGGAGUUGCGUCUGGGUUUGGGAUGGCAUGAUGUGUUGGUCACGACGUUUGGCGAGCCCCGAGUGGGCAACCAGAAACUGGCCGACUACAUCGACCGCGCCUUCAAGCUGCUGGACCCGAUUAGAGAGGACGGCUUUUCUUUCCGCCGGGUCACGCACGUUGGCGACCCAGUGCCGCUCCUACCGCUGACCGAGUGGGGCUAUCGCUCGCAUGCCGGAGAGGUGUAUAUCACCAAGGCUGACCCCCAGCCGGCAUUUGAUGAUCUCAGGUUAUGUUACGGGGACAACGACCCGGAAUGCAUGGCCGCGGCCGAUAUGGAGGACUGGCUGAGCUGGAUGAUCGGGCUCAAGAACCGACCCAAGCAAGAGCAGGGAAUGAACAAGGAGGAGCGCGCGGCAGCGGCGCUUGCCUGGGGCUCGUUCCCAAGCCGGCUGAAGUUGUGGCAGCUGUUUUUCGCCCACCGCGAUUACUUCUGGAGGCUGGGCUUGUGUGUGCCGGGAGGAGAUCCAAUGGAUUGGGGUCGGGAUAAAUACAAUUUGACGGCGGCCGACGAGCUUGAGGAUCAGGGGCGAGAUUUAUAA